AUGGAGGAAAAUCUGUUUUGUCUCCAUGGUGGUCUCGCAGGGUCUCUGGUUACCCUUUCCUGCCUUUCUCGACGGGUUGUAUGCCGAGUGGUCAGCGAUGCUGACCUAGCUGACUCUGGCCAGGACAACGGGACUUCCGAUGAUUCCUGGGUCACUCAGCUGGAAAGCAAGUAUGGAUUCUACAUUGGCUUGGGCUUGGCUGUAUUCUCCAGCUUCCUCAUCGGAAGCAGUGUCAUCCUGAAGAAGAAGGGGUUGCUUCGGCUGGUGGAGAAGGGAGGCACCAGAGCAGGAGAUGGUGGUCACGGCUACCUGAAGGACUGGCUGUGGUGGGCUGGAUUGCUAACCAUGGGUGGAGGGGAGGCUGCCAACUUUGCUGCCUAUGCCUUUGCUCCUGCGACCAUCGUCACGCCGCUGGGCGCCCUGAGCGUGCUCAUAAGUGCCAUCCUGUCUUCCUAUCUACUUGGAGAACGGCUAAACCUGCUGGGAAAGCUGGGCUGCACGUUGAGCAUAGUGGGCAGCACAGUGAUGGUGAUACAUGCCCCGGAGGAUGAGGAAGUCACAACUCUGGACGAAAUGACUUUGAAGCUGCGAGAGCCAGGUUUCCUUGCUUAUGCUGCGAUCCUCUUGGUUGUUUGCCUCAUCCUGAUCUUCUACCUCGCACCUCGCUACGGCCAGAGCAACAUCCUUGUCUACCUCACUAUCUGCUCCGUUAUUGGGGCCUUCUCUGUGUCAUCCGUCAAAGGCCUGGGUAUUGCCAUCAAGGGCUUCUUUGCUGGCCGGCCUGUGCUGCAGCACCCAUUGACCUGGAUCCUGGUCAUCACACUGGUGGCAUCCAUCACUACACAGAUAAACUACCUCAAUAAGUCUCUAGACAUUUUCAACACCGCUUUGGUGUUUCCCAUCUACUAUGUGCUGUUCACCACUAUUGUCAUCACGACAUCUAUCAUCCUCUUUAAGGAAUGGGUCACUAUGACUGUCGUGGACAUCAUUGGGACAGUUUGUGGCUUCCUCACCAUAAUUUUGGGGAUUUUUCUACUCCAUGCCUUCAAAGACAUGGAUGUCAGUUUAGGAAAUCUGCCCCGGGUCCUCCAGAGUGAAGAGCAGGCCCCAGUCACCCAAGAUGACAAGAACAUCCUGAUAGAUGCAGACAACGGCAGCAUUGUUCCAGAGGAUAAACCAAAAGUGUUCAUGAUCUACAGCUAAUGCAUUAUAUGUGAAGAUCUGGA